AUGGACCCACAUGAAGAGCAACAACAAGAGCUCGAAGUCUUGGAAUCCAUUUAUCCGGACGAGUUGACGAUAAUAUCCGAGUCCAAGUUUCAGAUCCACAUUAAUUUAGACACAAAUAGUGAAAGAAAACAUGCAUUAGUACUAGAAGUGAAAUUCCCUGAAACGUACCCUGAAGUAGUCCCCGAGCUUGAUAUUGAAGUGGGCAACAGCACUGCCGAAGAUGAAGACGACGAUGGGUAUAGUGAAGAUGGAGAUGACGACGACGGAGAUGACAAAUUGGUGAUUAUCUCCGAGACCAUUGAAUUUGAGAAGGCCGAUUUGAAUCUGUUGAAGUCAAAGUUAAACGAAGAAGCAGAGCUCCAAGUAGGGAUUCCCAUGAUAUUUGCAUUGGCCACGACAUUGAAGGACGAAGCAGAACAACUCUUCCAGGACAAAGUAGACACCGCUCAAAAGGCAUACGAUGAUGAGAUGUUGGAAAGAGAAAGAGAAGAACAAAAGAAGUUCAACGGGACCAAAGUCACUCCCGAAUCGUUUGCUGAAUGGAGGACCAAUUUCAGGGCCGAAAUGAAACUAGAGGAAAAGGAUAAACAAAGAUUUAACGAUAUGCAUCAAGGUAAAUUGACAGGAAGAGAGAUCUUUGAGAAGGGUCUUGCUGGAGGAGAAGACGACGAUGACAAUGUUAAUGAAAUAACAGAGAAUGUACAGAAUGUAACCGUACAUUAA